GGUCCGCCCCCUGCCAGUGACAGCGGGGUCUCCGAGGACCCCCCCUCCGACCAGCUCGACAGCCCCCUGGGGUGCUGCGACGGGGGGCUCAGCGAGGCCUCCUACCCCUACUCCGACCCCGGCCAGCCCCUGCCCAUCCUGGGGGUGCCUGGGGCCCCGCGCCCCGAGGUCUCCAUCGACCUGGACAUGUGGCACCCGGGCUUCUUCCUGGAGGAGAGCCAGGACCCACCUGCGGCCCCCGCGCCAGCAUCCUGCACCCUCACCGUCAAGGACCUGCUGCUCUCAGGCAGCUCUGACCCCCAGCUGCCAGUGCCCAGCUCCCUGCUGCGGCAGAGCCAGGGGCAGUGCCAGGAGCUGGUGCUGACGGAGGACGAGAAGAAGCUGCUGGCGAAGGAGGGGGUGUCCCUGCCCACGCAGCUGCCCCUCACCAAGUAUGAGGAGCGGGUGCUGAAGAAGAUCCGGAGGAAGAUCCGGAACAAGCAGUCGGCUCAGGAGAGCCGCAAGAAGAAAAAGGAGUAUAUCGACGGGCUGGAGAGCCGGAUGUCGGCGUGCACGGCCCAGAACCAGGAGCUGCAGAGGAAGGUCCUGCACCUGGAGAAGCAGAACUCGUCCCUCCUGGAGCAGCUGAAGAAGCUCCAGGCCCUCGUGGUGCAGUCGACCAACAAGGCAGCGCAGACAGGCACCUGCAUCACAGUCCUGCUGCUCUCCUUUGCGCUCAUCGUCUUCCCCUCCGUCAGCCCCUUCGCCUCCAGCAAGGCUGAGCCAGACGGCGACUUCGGGCCGGUGCGAGUUUUCUCCAGGUCCCUGCAUAACGCGGCAGCCUCACGCGUGGCCUACAUGCAGCCCCAGCCCGGGGACGAGAAGCCCCCAGAGCCGCUGUGGCCAGAGCGCCCGGGUGAAGCCCCCGAGAUCCUGCACAAAGCCUUCGGCAGCCACACGUCCCCCCCGCACCCGGACAGAGCCUCCCCCCGCAACAGCACGCAGCCGCUCACCCCACCAGUACUGAGCCAUGGUGAUGGGGACGGGGAUGGCACCAUGCCAGGGGACGGUGCCACACCACCGCUCACCUGGACCAAGGCUGGCCACAGCAGGCCAAUGGUGCUGGAGGCAGCUGAGGAGCUUUAAGCAGCACCUAGGACCAUGGGGGACAGUGGGGUGGCUUAGCACCUCAUCCCCUAUGGGACAGGCCCUCAAAGCGGCCCUGCUGGCGUCCCCACUCCAGGCGUGGGCAGAGGCUGGACCCAUUUGGCUUUGCUCUUAUCUGUGAGCUGGGAAGGGGCAACUGGUUCCCACUGGCCUUGCUGGGAGGGAAGGGGCUGUCCUCAGCCCCCCUGGGGGCAGCAGCAGUUGUGGGAGAUGCAGGGUCCCCCAGGAUGGGGACAAGGGGACAUCAACAUUGCAACUUGUUAGUUUUGUUCUUUUUUUAAGCUUCAUUUUCAUCUCUAAAUAAAAGUUAUUUUGGAA